UCGUCGUGUGUACAGUGUCAAAGAGGGUGCAGCAGCAGCUUCGAGUGGUGAUUUUUCGUCGUCUAGGUCGGAUCGUAUUCACUUUUUAACCCAUUUUCAAGUGUGAGAAGUGCGUAAAUAGUGCAAAAUUGAAUCUGUUUGAGCUUUCAACGGUUUCAAACAUUUUCUCAAUCGCGGCAACCAGCAGAAACAUUGAACAAAGCUUUUUUCAAACCCUGAAGACAUUUGCCUUUUCAAAUAUUCAUCUUCUAUUUCGGGGCUUCCGUAGGAAGAGCGAGCGAGAUACGUAUCUGCGCAGACAGUUCUGUUGGCUGCUGAACCACACGAAAGAAAUGACCUACCGAGAGGCUUCUCACGCCGGAAGUUGGUAUACGGACUCGGGUAUCGAAUUAAAUCGACAACUGUCUAAAUGGUUGGAUGACGCAGAUUUGACUUUCGGACCAGCUCGUGCCAUUAUCGCUCCACACGCCGGAUAUCGCUACUGUGGCUCGUGUGGUGCCUGGGCCUAUCGACAGAUUAGUCCAGCAGUGGUCAAACGUGUCUUCAUUCUGGGACCAUCGCAUCACGUCCGAUUGUCUCGCUGUGCCCUUUCGGCUGCCCAGUAUUGUCGAACCCCACUGUAUGACCUGAAAGUUGAUCAACAGGUCAAUGCCGAGCUGGAAGCGACUGGCCAUUUCAAGUGGAUGGACCAGAAAACGGACGAAGACGAACAUAGCAUUGAGAUGCACCUUCCCUAUGUGGCCAAAGUGAUGGAAGACUUCCGAGAUCAGUUCACCAUCGUUCCCAUAAUGGUCGGUUCGAUUAGCAACGAUUGGGAGGAAACCUAUGGUAAACUGCUCGCCCCGUAUCUAGCGGAUCCGCAGAAUCUCUUCGUCAUAUCGUCCGAUUUCUGCCACUGGGGUGCACGCUUCCGGUACACGUACUACGAGGAAUCGCACGGUCCGAUCUACAAGUGGAUUGAAUCGUUGGACAAGAUGGGAAUGGAUCUGAUCGAGACGCUGAAACCGGACAGCUUUGGCGAAUAUCUGCGAAAGUACAACAACACAAUCUGCGGCCGUCAUCCGAUUGGUGUGUUACUUCAGUCGGUGGAAGAACUGAAGCGACGCGGCUAUCGGAUGAGCUUCAAGUUUCUCAAGUACGACCAAAGCAAUCAGUGCUGUGAUAAGAAAGACUCCAGCGUUAGCUAUGCCUCAGGUUCGUUGAUUUUUGAGUAAAGAACAAUACUUUCGGCGGUAAAGUAGUAUGUAGCAUGUAGUAGAAUUGUAUAAGCACACAUCAAGCUGAAAAUAUUUGAGAGAAGGUAAGAGUGAGAACAAAUCGACACAAAGAGGCACUGAUGAACAAAAAGUAAAAUUAUAAAAAGAGAUUGAAGAAAAUAUUUUUUUUUGUCGUUCGAAUCAUUGAAUAAUGAUUUUUUAUGCAUUAUCAAUCUAUGAAACAAUAAUAAAUCGUGUUUAUCCCAUUGUUUUUCGAGGUAGUUUGUAAGAACAUAUUUAUAAGAUAUUUUUUCUUUUGAAAAUGAGACAGAAAUUCAGGUAAAUCUAGUGUGUCUCCUCGAUUUUUUGGAACCAAUCUGCUCCCAAUAUAAGGUAACUUUAGCAAGGUAGACAUUUCUUAUGUUAGAUAUUUGUUCAAAUUAUCUAUAGCCUUUAAAUCCUGUAAUACGAUUCCAACUGUAUUCUUGUAAUUGUUUGAGUGAAAAAAGACGCUGUAGUACAAAAAA